AUGCCCACCAACCCCAACCCCAACACCACCAGCGACCCCGAAAAAGACCCCCCACGCUCCGAAACCAUCGAAGACAUCGCCGUGAAACCCUCACAGCCCGAAUCCCCCAUCGACCCGCGCGCCGAGAAGCGCCUCCUCUGGAAAUGCGACCUGCACGUGGUCCCGAUCCUGACGCUGCUGUUCAUGUUCGCGUUCCUCGACCGCAUCAACAUCGGGAACGCGCGGCUGAUGGGCCUCGAGAAGGACCUGGGCAUGAGUGGCCACCAGUACAACGUCGCGCUGUUUGUCUUCUUCAUCCCGUAUAUUCUCUUCGAGGUGCCGAGUAAUAUGCUGCUGAAGCGGAUGCGGCCGUCGUGGUGGUUGAGUGGGAUUAUUUGUGGGUGGGGAAUCGUAACCAUCUGUCAAGGCGUCACGGGCAGCUUUGCAGGUCUGGUGGUUUGUCGGGUUAUUAUUGGCUUGUUGGAGGCUGGGUUUAUGCCUGGCUGCGUCUACCUGAUAAACAUGUACUACCGCCGACACGAGUUGCAAUGGCGUCUGAACGUCUUCUUCAGUGCGAGUAUCUGCGCCGGUGCGGUCAGCGGUCUCCUCGCCUACGCCAUCAACAACAUGGACGGCCUGGCCGGGUACAGCGGCUGGCGGUGGAUCUUCAUCAUCGAAGGCCUCGCCACCGUUGUUCUCGCCGUCAUCGCCAAGUUCAUCAUCGUCGAUUGGCCCGAGUCUGCGACUUUCUUGACGGAGGAUGAGCGCGCGCUGCUCAUUCGUCGGUUGGCGGAGGAUCAGGGCGAGGCGCGCAUGAAUCGGCUGGAUCGGAAGUCGUUGAAGAGGACGUUUUCCGAUCCGAAGGUUUACUUGGGACCGAUCAUGUACUUCGGCAUCGUGAACACCGGCUACGCGGUAUCCUUCUUCGCGCCCACCAUCCUGCACCAGAUGGGGUGGACGGCGGUACGCGCCCAAGUGAUGAGUAUCCCUAUCUACGCCAUCGCGAUGGUCACCACGCUGACAGCGGCGUGGGUCAGCGAUCGGCUGCGCCACCGGUACGCCUUCACGCUGGCAGGCUGCCUAGUCGCCACGACGGGGUACGUGAUCCUGCUGUGCCAGGGCAGCGUGCCCGUCGGGGCGCGGUACUUCGCGCUGGUGGCCAUCACGGGCGGGGGGUACCUGACGCAGCCGAUCCUGAUGGGGUGGUUGAGCAACAACAUGGCCGGGCACUAUAAGCAGUCUGUGGCGUCGGCGAUGCAGAUCGGGUUCGGAAACUGCGGGGGGCUGGUGGCGAGUAAUAUCUUCUAUCAGGAGGAGGCGCCGGCGUAUACGACGGGGUAUGGGGUGAGUCUGGGGAUGACGUGGAUCUGUGGGGCGGCGUGUGCGGUGUUCUUGAUAUAUCUGGUGCGGGAGAACCGGGUGAGGGAGAACGGGGGGAGAGAUUAUCGCUUGAGGUUGCCGAGGGAGGAGUUGGAGAAUUUGGGGGACGGGUAUCCUGCGUUUCGGUUUACUUAUUAG